CCGCCAGAAUAUAGUCUGCCGUGGAUCGUCGGACCGUUCAGUCUUUUUGUGUCGUUCAGUAUCAUCCGAUUCGUGUGAUCGACAGCACAGCCGAAUUUUUUUUUGCUUUUUUUUCUAAUUCCUUGAAGUAACCAAAAACACAAAUCAAAAUGGCUGAUGAUGAGGCUAAGAAGGCUAAACAGGCUGAGAUCGAGCGCAAGCGUGCUGAGGUGCGCAAGCGCAUGGAGGAAGCCUCCAAGGCCAAGAAGGCCAAGAAGGGUUUCAUGACCCCAGAGAGGAAGAAGAAACUCAGGUUGCUGCUGCGUAAGAAAGCCGCUGAGGAGCUGAAGAAAGAACAGGAACGCAAAGCGGCUGAACGUAGACGCAUCAUUGAAGAACGUUGCGGCAGUCCCAGGAAUCUCAGCGAUGCCAGCGAAGGCGAAUUGCAAGAGAUUUGCGAAGAGUAUUACGAGCGUAUGUAUAUUUGUGAAGGCCAGAAAUGGGAUCUGGAAUACGAAGUCAGGAAAAAAGACUGGGAGAUCAACGAUCUCAAUGCCCAAGUUAACGAUCUUCGCGGCAAGUUCGUCAAGCCAGCCCUGAAGAAGGUCUCCAAAUACGAAAACAAAUUCGCCAAGCUGCAGAAGAAGGCCGCUGAGUUCAACUUCCGCAACCAGCUGAAGGUGGUGAAGAAGAAGGAGUUCACGCUGGAGGAGGAGGAGAAGGAGAAAAAGAUAAAAGAUGCCGCUGUGCUAAAGCAAGCCAAAAAGUAAGAAACCCGACUGGUCCAAGGGCAAGCCCGGCGAUGCCAAGGUGAAGGAGGAGGUUGAGGCCGAAGCUUAAGUGUCCGCACGUCCACUAGUGUCCACAACCGACCCGUGACUCCCGCCCUAAACAAUAAUUGAAAUUAUUUACAACAAUUAUCUGAAGCAAUACCAUUUAUAUCAAUCUAUUAAUACAAUAUAUAUCUACAAAUAUAUAUGCAUGUAUAUAUCUCGCCAAUAUAUACAUAUGUGUCACAAUGGAUUUUGAACAGAAAUGAAGUCAAUAAACAACAACAGCAACAACAAAUAAAUCAACUCUAAGAAUCAAAAUCAAAACUCAGACUCAAACUCAAACUCAACUGCUACAAAUAAUUCAGAUCAACGAUUCAAACAACAGCCAAACAUCUGAACACCUUGAUGAAUUAUUGAUUAUAUUUCAUUAUUUACAAAUUAUAUUUUUUAAUGUAAAUUAAAUUAAAUUACAAAAAAAAAAAGAAACAAA